AGUCGGAUGUCAAAAACAAGAAGAAGGAGCUCAGCUUUCUUGGCAUAUUUGCAGUGAGGCACCAGUAAGGGGAGGUUUACAGCUCAGAACUCUGUCCAGGUCUAAGUCUCAGCCUAACAGGGGCUGCAUUUGCCCUACGAGGUGCAUUUCUGUGUGCAGCACUGCCUGUUUUUCACCCCUCCUGCUUUAGUCUUUAGGUGGAGACUAGUGAGCUGAGUUAAUGAGUUUAUGGACAUGGACUUGGAUUGUAGCAGCAUGGACAGACGGACAGCAGUGAUAGUGGACACUGGAGAUGCCCUGUAUCCAAAGAAUGGAUCAGUGGUCCAUUCCGUGAAGACUGAAGAGGAGGACGAGCUCCUAAAGGAGGAGCUCCAUGAUGCACCUCCCCUUUGUCAUCCACACAAACUCCCAACGCAGGAACAGCAUCAUGAAGGCGGAGUGGGAGAGCGGUGUGCAGUCCAGGAUUCAGCAUGUGUGGAAAGUCUGUUUGUAGUUAUUAAAACAGAACCCGAAGAAAUAAAUACGUCUGCACAAAGUGGUGGAGACCACAGGACCACACAGGACUGUGGCUAUGAAGAGGAAAAUGAGGACCACCACUUAGUUAUUAAAACGGAACCAGAUCUUCAGAGACUGAAGUGUGAAUCUGACUGUGAGAACCAUCACAAACCUUACCCGCCUCCUCUCUGUAAAACAGAAACAGACACCGUGGAAGUCGCUCACCCCGUGUACAGUGGCGGCGGGGGUGAACAGACCUGCAAGCGGAUGUGGCCGGUCCAGCAUGUGGACUGUAAGCAAAUUCCAGAGUUGAUGGGGGACCAUGACGAUUCAAAUACAAACAAAAGGAUUAACAGAGAAGGAACGCAUGGGAACCAUGUCGGUCACCUGGACAAACCCGGUAAAGAACACAGCAGACGAAGGUCUUACUCCUGUUCUGAAUGUGGAAGUAUGUUCUCUAAAUCAUCAGCCUUUUACAGCCAUAUGAGAAUACACACCGGUAAGAGGCUGUACCAGUGCUCUCAGUGUGACAAGUCCUUCACCCAGUCAAGAUCCUUCAAAACCCACCAGAGAGCACACACCGGAGAAAAGCCGUACCAGUGCGCUCAGUGCGGGAAGACGUUCACGCGGACCGACGUGCUCCAGAUCCAUCAGAGGACUCAUACCGGAGAGAAGCCCUACCUUUGCUCUCAGUGCGGCAAGAGCUUCACCCGGUUAGACGUCUACCAGAACCACCGCAGGAUUCAUACCGGAGAGAAGCCUUACCAGUGCUCUCAGUGCGCCAAGACGUUUACGCGGUUAGAUGUCUACCAGAAUCACCAGAGGAUACACACGGGGGAAAAGCCCUAUCAGUGCUCCGUCUGCGGAAGACGCUUCUUGUACUUGUCGAACAUCAGGAACCACGAGAGGACGCACACGGCGGAGAGGCCGUACCGAUGCUCUUUGUGUGAUAAGACGUUCAUACAGUCGGGACACCUAACCAAACAUCUGAGAACCCACACGGGAGAGAAGACAUAACAAAGCUGUGAAUAUACCCUCUUGCUAAACCACCCUUUGAUUACGUCCUGUGGAUUAAUAUUCCGUAAAUGCACGGAAAGCGGUGCAAAGAAGUUAGUUGUGUGAAAAAGUUUUAAAUAAGUGAAAUUUAUAAAAGAAUAUAUAAGUGAAAAUAAGUUGACACAUCCUCUACAGCCCAUGUGACAAACACAAGGCCUCCUGGCCAAAUCAGUAAUUUCUAUUAAUAUUACUGCACUAGAGUUCAUUAUAGGUGUCUGUAAACUGGGGACAUUUAAAGAGGUUGAACAGUUACCAGCAGCCAAUGAAAUCUAUUGUUUUAUAUAAAAGGUUGUUUUUGUUUAAAAUAAUCCUCAGGUUAUUCAAGCCCUAUUUUCUGCCAUUGUAGCUUUGGCAAAUUUUGAAUAAACAAUAGCCAGUUGGGGUCAGUUUGGUGAAAUGCUAGGUAAAAAUAACAGCGGGCCCAUUUGUGUUGGGAUUUUUAAUAUGGCCCUCUUAGUGGUUGGGUUUGAAAGAGAACACACUUCUGCACAUAUUAAUGCUCAACUACUUUUCUUUUUAACAUAUUGGGGGGAAAAAAACUACAGCAUAAAAUGUGACGUAUACAUAAGGAACGUUUUAUAUAUUGUGUUACAUCUUCUCAGUAUUUUAAAUUCAACAAAUGAAUAGAAAUUGUGCACUAAAAUUUCCCUAUUUGAUUGUGUUCUCUGUAGAGGACGUCCGCUUAUUUUGACAUAGGAAAUUGAAGGAACUGGGAGCACUGGGGUCCCUGAACUCUUGCAUACAACUACAUAAGAGAGCUGCUGGUGUAUCUGUGACGUUUUAAACAUAUCGUUAUAUGUGAUGUACUAGAAGUGCAAGAACUUACAAGAUGAAUGUUUUCCUUCAAUGCGAUGCAGUGUUUUCUCAAUUAGAUUGAUUUUUCUAUACAGCAAAAACAGAGUUGGGAAAAAAGGGUGCCUUAUAUUAGUAUGGUACUGUUUCCGAUUAGCUUUAAAAAAUGUUGAAAUGCGUCCAACAUUUAUAAAAAUCCAGUUUUGGAAACC